CCCCCAGGUGCACCAGUGGGCACUGCUGUCAUCAUUAUUUAUAUUUAUAUAUAGAUUAUUUUGACACAGUUCUGUAAUGUUCUGUUUGAAUAUUAGGAGGUAUUUAUUACUUACUGUGUUAGGAAAUUCCAGCUAAGAUUUAUCUGAGAGCCAGAUGCAGUCAUUAAAAGAGUCACAUCUGGCUCGUGAGCCACAGGUUCCUGAUCUAAAAGCGUUUCUAAUGUCUCGGCCUUUGAGCUGCCAUGUCUGUAGUUUGAGCUUAACACGUGUGAGGUGGAUGAACGGAGGAAAAAUGUCCCCACCUUCUGGUUGAGAACCAAAUAACCCCUUAGCUUGUGUAGUACACAGAUGGUCUUUUUAACCGAGUGAUGUUGCUCAACUUCAGGACAGUAAUUAAACAUAAUUUAAUUACUGUGUUUGUGAACCUGAAUAAACACGUUUAUUACAUUAAGAUCUUUGAUGAUUUACACACUUUUUGUUUCUACAUAGAAAACAUUAACAAAAACUGCUGUUCUAAAGCUAUGGUUCUGCUGCUCUUGUGGGUGUGGCUUAUCUGAGCUUUGCUCAUUGACCUGGAAAUAUGUGUGGAAUGUUUCCUGUGUAAAUAUUCCAGAAAGGAGCCAUUCUUCUGUCAUAAAAAUUCAACACCACCAACUACACAAUAGACACGGUGACUAAAACAGCUCUCUAGGUUUAUAGUAAAUGCAAAUAAAUCUAUUAAAUAAAUAAAUCCACUAGUACUGGUCAAAUGGUACAUGCAGGCACCUGGAACCACUAGUUUUUUCAUCAGAAAUCGUUGUUAAUGUCAAACUAAAGUUUAAAGUGACAGUGAGGAUAUCACAGGUAGAAAACUGCUUAUCUCAAAUGACUUGCACAAUCUGGAGGUUAAACAUGCAGCUCAGGCUCUUGGUUCUUGAACCAAAUCCCUGCAGGCACCGGGUGGCAGGAAGGUUAAAGGUGUUAGAAAACAAACAAACUUGACCAUAGUUAGAAGCAGGAAACCCUGCAUGUUUUUCUGUCACUAUUCCUUGUCUCUAAAGCUGAUAGAUGAUGAUCACACUUUAGCUAUUAGUGUGAAAUUGAUGUACAAGUAUGUUAAUACACUGAUUGCAUCACAUUUAUUCCAUACAGUUUCCUGUAUCAGCGAAAGCUCCAUGUGGGGUCUGGCUGGUGGUCAGUGUAGAAGUACGCACUGUUUUCAGCUCUAGGUUUAUUAACAUCAGUGAUUUCUAAUCAUGCUACUGCACAUGUACAAAUCCUUCCAUGUCAAAGGUCAAGGCCUGCUGAUGCUGAAUGACUGCCGUUAGUCAACACUUUUCUCCUGUCAUGUCACUCACUCUGAGCUGUAGCUACAUGUGUCUUUUGUCCCAUGCAGGUGAUCCCGCCCUCUGCCUGCAGGUAUGUGGGUGUGGGUUUGAUGAGGAACUGCUCUGGGUGUGUGUCAGUCACACCCACCGCAAGCAUGAGACAGAGCAGCAUGCUCAUCCAUUCUCUUCUUGCUCAGGUGCAGUAAAAACAAGACAUUGUUCCGCUACCGACGUGGAGGUGCGUGCACACACUCACACACUCGCCCACUCCACAUCCAUCUGACCUGGAAGAGUGUGCUUUGUGUUUUGUCUUGACACAUACUCCCACUCACCGCCACAUGUCCUUCUAUUCCUGUGGUUACAGGUGAAGUUUUUUUUCCUCACACCUUGUGGACCUUCACUCCCAUGAUACCACACCAAAGGUCGUUCCAUGGGGCGUGCCACUGAUAUGGAGUGAUUUGUCAUCAAACAUUGUGACAACAGUAACUAAGAUGGCUGUGAAAACUCCAGUUACUAUGUUUGUCCUAGUGAAGAACUACUAUUUCUGACACAGGUCACCACUGACUCACCUGUGAUGUAGCUUGAUUUAACAACAUUAGCCUCUAGUCAGGAAUGAUGAGGGUUCAGUUCUAUUGGCUCUUGAUAUUCUUGCACCAAAACUGGUUCCGCUGCAUUCUUUUGUCAUCUGGACUGAACAGACAGUCAACUCUUUAUGGUUUGCUGUAAUGUUAUUGUGCAGCACAAAGUUGGCAGCGUGUCCCAUUUACACACAGUUUAUAGAAGCAGGUUGGUGUGGAAGCUUCAACUCUUCAGAGGUCACAGAAGGUAACAGAAGUCCAUGUGAAACUAACGACAUCGGCUAACGACGGUUUCUACAAAACCCUUUUCUGGAGAGUACAGCUGCACAAUCUGAAGUUAGAGAAAAAGACCUGCGAGGUGACAGCAGGGUGGAACAGGUCCACCCGGUAUCUCUGUCUGACGACACACCUGCUGCACUGGGAGGAGCUGAUACAGGUGGACGCUCCUUCACUUAACUGAGGGUAAAGACACUGUAGGGGAGGAGAAGGAGGAGAGGACAGGAGAGAGGACUUGGAAGAAAAACACUUAGACUCCUGCUACACAGACGGGCCUGAACGCUGUCCCACCACCACCACCACCAUGUCCAAGAACAAGGAGUACAGUCCUGUGAAGAUCAGCAAGACCCAGGCCCAGGAUCUGGCUGUGCUAAUCGCCAGGAUGCAAAAGAAUGCAGACCAGGUGGAGAAGAACAUCCUGAGGGCAGAAGAACUGCUGGCGUUGGACACAGAGCGUGAAAAGAAGAACCUGGAUCUGAACCACCAAAAAACCAAUGCAGAGAACCUGACGGAGGCCGAGAGUCUGCUGAAGGACCUCUUCAUGGACGUGGACAAAUCCAAGAGGAUGCAGCACCCCCAGUCUGAUGAGAUAGAGAGAGAUGUUAAAAAUCUCCAUGAUCGCUGGGCCAAGGACUGCGCCACCUACAGGGACCUGUAUGAUCAGGUGCAAGAUCUAGAGCUGUUGCCUAAGAUUGGCUGGACUUCUCUGCUGGAUGACAAACUGAAACAGCUGAGCACAGAGUCGUACGGUCUCAAACUUUCUGAUGUAGAAAAGCAGAUCGCGGCCCAUAACAUUCUGCACCAGGAGAUUGAAGCGUACAGUGAUCAGCUGCAGCCCAGCACCACCACCUCCAAGCAACAGUACACUGCUAUCAAAGACAAGUAUGGCCAACUUCUGGAAAAAUCCCAGCAAAGACGAAACCACCUGACCUCCCUGUACGACUACAUGCAGAGCUGCAGUAAGGAGCUGCUCUACCUGUCGGGUCAGCAGGAGAGGAUCCUACAGAGAAACUGGAGCGAUCGAAUGGUGGACCCUCCAGGAGUUCGCAUGGAGUACGAGAAAUUCAAAAGCAACGGGCUGUUGGCACAUGAGAGUGAGAUUAACCAGCUACAGGAUGAAGGUGAUCGUCUGGUGGACAUGAAACAUCCUGGCACUUUGACCAUUAAGGCUCACAGAGACUCAGUGCAAAGUGAGUGGCAGGCUUUUCUUAACCUGUGUCUGGCACAGGAGUCACACCUGGACAACAUCGAAGAUUACAAGAAGUUCCAGUUGGAUGCAGAGACAUUGUCCGAGUCCCUGGAGAGACUCAGUGCCAAUCUGGACCCAAAGUCCAUGUCUAACAAGAGCAACCAUGAGAUUCUGUUUGCCCUGGAGGGAGACGAACCAGCGGUGAAGAGGAAUGAGCAGCGCCUGGCUUUUCUCAGGGAAAACAGCAACAACAUUGUUCCUCUGAAGUUGAGACGCCUGAAACCCACCAAACCCAUCACUGUGGUUUCUCUGUGUGACUGGGUUGAUGAUGGGGACGUGGUGAAACGUGGUGAAAAGCUCACCAUGAAGUCUAACUUUGAUAACAAUGACUGGGAGGUUCAGACUAGCACAGGGAAAAUCAAAACUCUUCCAGGAGUGUGUUUCAUGAUCCCGCCCCCGGACGCUGAAGCCCUGGAGAGAGUGAACAGUCUGGAUGCAGAGUUGACCAACCUAAAGAACCGUAGAAGUGAUUUAAUGUCCUCCUUGAAGAAUCCAAAUUUGGAGGUAGACAGUCCUCAGAGGGCAGUUGUUGUACAAGGUUCUCCUGAGGAUCCCAGAGCUGAAAAGUUGGCCUCUGAUCUAGACAGCAUUAAUACAUCUCUGGAAAGGAUUGAAAAGGAUAUCCUGAAUCGGGUGAGGGCACCGCUGGACAUCCGCAGCCCCACACAGGACCUAUCCAACAGGCUGCAAGAGCAGGAGAAAUCUGCUCUGAGUGUGAGAAAGUUAGAGUCAGAAAAGGCCAGAGUUCAGAGAGAGAUGGAACCAAUUCUCACAAAAAAACCUCUGGGACCAAGCGCUUCCACUCUGCCACAAAAACUCUGCACUGCCAACAACAAGUUUGAUGAGAUCAACUCCCUUAUUGCACUUUAUGAUAAGAAAGCUACAGCUUCUGUGUUCUUGGAAAAGCAAAUACAGAAUGUGGAAGGUUUUGUCUCUCGGUGUGAAGACCAACUAGCCAAGGAUGGAACCAUUUUAGAUCAACCUAAUGUUCUCCAGAACCGCAUCCAGCAGAUGCAGGCAAUUCGUGAAGACAUGGCCUCAAAGAAAGUUGAACUGAACAAGUUGGGUAAAGACCUGGACCUGACCGAACAGGCCUGCAGAACACUGCAGCAGAGUUUCAAGGAAUACUGUCCUGACAUCCGGCGACAGGAGACUCAGGUGAAACAUCUGAAGAAUCGUUACUCCAACAUCAACAACCAACUCCAGGAAAGGUUGGGAGGUUUAAAGGAAGCUUACAAUAAAAACCAAGAUUUCCAGAAUGCUUAUCAUUCACUAGACUUCUUUUUGGUCAAUUUACCAAAUAAUGAAGUCAAACCCACAGACACUGCAGUGCAGCUGACGUCCAAGCAGAACUCUCAGAGGAAAGUGAUGGAGGACAUCAAACGGAAGGCAGAUGAUGUGGAUCGAGUAAAGGAGCUUUCUCGAGAUCUGCAGAAUACCUUAAAUGAGUACGAGGUGAAUUCCAACACAUACUGUGGAACUCUGAAUGAUGAUGACGGCGAUGAUGACGAUGACAACAAUGAUGAGCCAGUUCUGAAAAAACGUCCAACUUCAACUUUGGCUCAGGCUGUUCAGCGAAAAGAGAAAGAUCUUGUCAACCUUUUCUCUGCUGUAUCUGCAAAGAACAACCAGCUAAAUAAUCAUUUGGGGAUGGCAAAAAACGUGAUGGCCCGAAAUGAAGAAAAAGUCAACCAGGUGGUUGUCAAUCAGCAGCUGCAGCUCCAGUCUCAGCAGAGGGACUUGGAGCAGAGUGAUAGUCUAAAAAAGGAACUAAAUGAGGAAAUAAGCAGGCGUUUGCAUGCUGAAAGAAACUUGGAAACAUACCGCAAGAGGUUUGUUUCCCUGAAAAACAGAAGAGGAGUGGAGAGGUUAGAGGAGAAGGAGGUAGUGCAGUACUACCGGGACCCGAAGCUGGAGCUAGAACUUGAGUCACUGAAGAAGAGAAUCCAGGAUGAGUCAUAUAAGAGAACAACAACCCGCUCUGAGAUAGAAAUAAUUAGACAAAAGGUUAUCACAAUGGAAGCAGAGCUGCUGAAAAUCGAACCAAAACUGGUGACUAAGGUCCUGACUGAGUAUGAGAGAGACCCACAGCUAGAUAAGGAGGCAGCCAGGUUCAGAGAUGAGAUUCACAGGAUAAAGAAAGAAGUGCAAACAAGAGACACAGAGUCAAUUCAUGUCAAAUCUGAACUCACACUUCUGGCUCAACAGAAACCAAAAAUCAGGGAGAAGAUUGUCAAGAAGGAAGUUGUGAGGCUUGAAAAGGAUCCUGGAAUGUUAAAGGCUGUAUUUACUAUUCAGGGUGAUAUUGCAGAGGAGGAGUCUCGGUGUAACUCUCUGAACGAGGACAUCUUUAGUGCAAGGAGUCGGAUAAAUACACUUGAAAGAAUCAUUCCCACUAUCCAGCCUAAGAUAGUCAGCAAGGUUGUGAAGCAAAUCCAGCAAGACCCUGACACAGUUGAAGAGUCGAAGAAACUACGAAUGGCAUUAGAAGAGGAGAAAGAUGAGAACGUUAUACUUAUGAAGGACUUGACCAGCCUUCAGUUACAAUAUAGUGAAGUGGACAAGCUCAGGCCAAAGGUUGAGGUGAAGGAGAUCAUCAAUGAGAUCUACAGAGUGGACCCCGAGACAGAGGUAGAACUGGUACGUCUUAAGAAAGAGCUGCAGGACAGCAGCCACAACCGUACAGAGAUUGAAAAAGAAAUCAACACUUUGACCACAACUGUGACCUCACUGCGAGCUCAGAAACCUAAAGUAGAGUACAAGGAGUUGACACAGGAAGUAAUCAAAGAAGAAAAAAGUCCUGAGGUUCUCAGGGAACUGCAAAGGCUUAACAACCAAGUUUCCCGAUUACGACUCAACUGUGACACCACCCUGGAGCUCCUUUCCCAUCUUCGUAAAGAGAGAGAUGAGCUAAAGGCUGAAAAAUCCAUAGUAGAGACAAAACUAGUGACUAAGGAUGUCAUCAAGUAUGAGAAUGAUCCUCUUCUUGAAAAGGAGGCAGACAGACUGAGGAGAAAUGUCAGGGAGGAGAUUCAGCAGCGCCGCAGUGUGGAGGAGGUGCUGUUUGACCUACAGAACCAAUAUAUUGUUCUAGAGAGGCAAAAGCCAGAGGAGAAGAUCAUAACACAGGAAGUAUUUCGUCUUCAGAAAGACCCCAAGCAGAUUCUGGAACAUGAUAAGUUAAACAAGGAAGUGGAUGAAGAAGUUAAAUCCCGCAGGAAGCUUGAGUUAGAGGUCAGACAAAUGAAAGCCCUGGUUCAAGAGCGAGAGAGCACACUGGUCCAAAUGGAUGACCGUCAGAAAAAGAUUCAAGUGGAGUCUGAACUUAGGCAAAUCAAAGUUUGCAUCAUGGAACUGGAAAAUGCUCCCCCACCUGUUGAGGAGAAAAUAAUCAUAGAAGAAGUCCUGAAAGUGGAACGAGAUCCAAAGCUAGAGAAACUAACUGAUGCCAUUCGUGUUGAUCUAGAGAAAGAGGGCAGCAACAUUAGUCGUCUGGAAAGGGAAAUACGCAACUUGAAGGUAAAACUGGAACUUCUUCAAAAGGAAAAGUCAGUGGAGAAGGUUGUUUACAGAGAAGUUGUUCGUGUGGAGAAAGACCCUGCAGUGGAGGCUGAAAGAGAUCACCUGAGAGAGCUGGUGACAAUGGAGAGGAACCUCAGACGAGACCAGGAAGACAAUAUCCAGAACUUCAGCAUCAAGAUCGCUCAUUUGCAGACCACAAAGACUGUGACGUCUCAGGAGGAGAAAACCGUCAUCAGUGGCCGGGAUGCUCUGCAGAGAGAAAAGGAGGAUCUUCUAAAACAGCUCAAAAUGUUAGAGAAUCAAAGACAGAGCAUCACCAUGACCUUCCAGCAGCAAUCCAAGCUCAUGAGUGAGAGAACUCAACUGGCACGGCAAAGGAGUUUGAAAACCUCUACGGAAAUACAGAGACUGGAGAGAGAGAUCCUGAGUGAAAAAGACAAAAUACACCAGAAAGAGGCGCUCUUAAUAGAGCUGCAGAACACCAUUAGAAAAGAGGACCAGAUUGAAACUCACACUAGAGAGACAAAUCUUUCCACCAAGAUCACUAUUCUAGACCCAGAAACUGGUAAGGACAUGUCUCCUUAUGAUGCCUACCUGCAGGGGCUGAUUGAUCGGAACCAGUACAUUCACCUGGCAGAAUUAGAGUGUGACUGGGAGGAGAUCACAUCUACUGGUCCAGAUGGUGAUACAACCAUUUUGCAGGAUCGCAAGAGCGGAAGGCAGUACUGUGUCAAUGAUGCUAUUAUGGCGGGUCGCCUUUCCAAAUAUGAUUUCACUCGCUUCAAAGAAAGGAAGAUGCCCAUUUCUGAGUUUGCACUUCUUGUCGCAGGGGAAACCAAAAAGCCUGUUGUUCCUCCAAUUUUAAUCCCAAAAUCCCCCACUAAAACCAUGCCCACCUCUCCACUGAACUCAAUGCCAGCUUCUCUGAGGUCGUCGUACCCUAGCCUCAACUCUCACCUCAGUGGAAGCACAAACAAUUUAGUUACUCCAACGUCUCCACUUAGUCCUUCCACAGUCGACGAGCAUUUCCCUAUCUCUGGUAUUUAUGAUAAAACCACAGAAAGCCGCAUGUCUGUGAGAAGUGCUCUCACCCGCAAACUAAUUGAUGCCGACACAGCUCUAAAGUUGCUGGAGGCACAGGCGGCAUCUGGUGGUAUAGUUGACCUUAACAAAAAGGACAAACUGUCUGUCCAUAAGGCGGCUGAACACGGCCUUAUUGAUACAGGUGUGAUGUACAAACUCCUCAAUGCCCAGAAAGCCUUCACUGGGGUUGAAGACCCUGUGACUAAGGAACGUCUUGCAGUGGGUCAGGCAGCACAAAAAGGAUAUAUUCCCCAGGAAAAUGCUAGAAGGUACCUGGAGGCCCAGUAUCUCACUGGUGGGUUGGUGGAUCCCAGCAAAGCAGGUCGCCUUACGCUCACAGAAGCUGUGAAAAUCAAUAUAAUUGACAGCACAAUGUUCAGUGAUCUGGAGAACGAAGUGUCCCACACCAAAGAGCUGGUGGACCCCAUCACUAAAGAGAAAAUAUCAUACAAACAGGCGAUGGAGCGCUGCACCAGAGACUUCAGCACUGGACUCCUGCUGCUCCCUGUAGCUUCUACUGAUGUCAACAAUGCUCCAUCAUACUCCAACUUCAAAUUUACCUCCUUUUUAAACAAGAAUAUUUAAAUGUCAAAAUGUCCAGUUUAAGUCCAAGGUUCUCAACUAUGAUGCUGGAGGUAGAAUGAUUACAAAUGGACAUUUACUGCAAUGAAUGGGGGGAGGGGAGGUUAUGGGUUUAAAUAUUAUACUUUACUUUCACUACUUUACUUAUCUUUGUUUCAACAAUGAACUUGCUUCUGUACUGUUAUAGACUUGUAAAAAAAUCAAGGGAAUGUAUGUCUUAUAUAUGCAAACUACAUUGUCAAAGCUAAAUAAAUGUUUAAAAAAAA